AUGGACAAGGGCGAGGUCGCCGAUUUGGCUUCCUUCAAGCAUGUGGACGAUCCGUCCCAGAAUCCUGACAGCGGAGUAGCUGCGACUGACAGAUACGGCCAUGCAUUGGUGGAAUAUGACCCAGCGACCGAGAGGCAUCUUCGCAACAAGAUCGACCUCUACAUCGUGCCAAUCGUGGCCCUGCUCUAUCUUUUCUGCUUCAUUGACCGUGCAAACAUCGGCAAUGCCAAAAUCGCCGGACUCGAGAAGGACCUCGGCAUGAAGGGCUACGACUACAACGGCGUGGUCUCCGUCUUCUACGUCUCCUACAUCCUCUUCGAGAUCCCGCUCAACCUUCUCUGCAAGUGGAUGGGCCCCGGCUGGUUCAUCCCCAUCACCACCCUCCUCUUCGGCAUCGUCUCGCUGGGCACUGCCUUCGCCACCACGCUCGCCCAGCUCUCAGCGGUCCGCUUCCUCCUUGGCAUCUUCGAGGCUGGCAUGAUGCCCGGCAUCGCCUACUACCUCUCCCGAUGGUACCGCCGCUCCGAGCUGGCCUUCCGCCUGGCCCUGUACCUGGUCAUGGCCCCCCUCGCCGGCGCCUUCGGCGGCCUCCUCGCCUCCGGCAUCCUCAGCCUCGAAAAGUUCGGCUCCCUGCACUCCUGGCGCAUGAUCUUCGCCAUCGAGGGCAUCGUCACCAUCGGCCUGGGGCUCAUAGGCCUCGUCUUCCUCACCGACCGUCCCGAGACCGCCCGCUGGCUCACCCCGGAGGAGAAGCGCCUCGCCGUCCUGCGCGUCAAGUCGGAGCGCGUGGGCACCACCACCGUCCUCGACAAGAUGGACAAGCGCAAGCUCAUCCUCGGCAUCCGCUGCCCCGUCACCCUCAGCAUCGCCGUCGCCUUCAUGCUCAACAACAUCACCGUCCAGGGCCUCGCCUUCUUCCUCCCCACCAUCGUCGGCGGCAUCUACCCGCAGGCCUCCACCGUCCGCAAGCAGCUCUACACCGUGCCCCCCUACAUCGUCGGCGCCUUCUUCGUCCUCUUCCUGCCCCUCGUCAGCUGGAGGAUCGACCGCCGCCAGAUCCUCCUCAUCGGCUCCGCGCCCCUCGUCAUGGUCGGCUACUGCAUGUUCCUCGGUUCCCAGGACCAGGCCGUCCGCUACGGCGCUACCUUCCUCAUCACCAGCUCCCUCUUCGUCCUGGGUCCCCUCUCCAACGCCCAGGUCUCCGCCAACGUCGUCAGCGACACCGCCCGCAGCUCCGCCAUCGGCACAAACGUCAUGAUGGGCAACAUCGGCGGCCUCGUCAGCGGCUGGUCCUUCCUCCCCUGGGACGGGCCGGACUAUCACAUCGGCAACGGGCUGAACCUGGCCGCGGCGGGCACGGUGCUCAUCGUGUGCUCCUUGACCCUGGUGUGGAUGAACCGGGAUAACAAGAGGCGCGAUCAGCUUGACGUGGAUGCCGAGUUGAGCGGGCUGACCGAGCAGCAGAUCGAGGACUUGGACUGGAAGCACCCGGCCUUCAGGUGGCGACCAUAG